AUGGUUGGUGUAAUGGUUGGUGUAAUGGUUGGUGUAAUGGUUGGUGUAAUGGUUGGUGUAAUGGUUGGUGUAAUGGUUGGUGGUGUAAUGGUUGGUGGUGUAAUGGUUGGUGUAAUGGGUGGUGUAAUGGUUGGUGUAAUGGGUGGUGUAAUGGUUGGUGUAAUGGUUGGUGUAAUGGUUGGUGUAAUGGUUGGUGGUGUAAUGGUUGGUGUAAUGGGUGGUGUAAUGGUUGGUGUAAUGGUUGGUGUAAUGGUGAUGGAGGAGGUGAUUGAGGAGGUGAAUGAGGAGGUGAUGGAGGAAGUGAUAGAGUGGUGGAGGAGGUGA